AUGAAUUUUGCUGCUAGCAAAGUUGCGGCGCGCCUGUUGGGGCUCGGUCACUAUGACCUCAACCUCUGUUUGGGAGAGCGUGAGGCAAAUGGCCGCUUCCUCGGCAUUGAUCCGUUGAUUCAGGCCCCUGUGUUUCUCGCCUUUGUCGCCCUUGUUAGAGCUGGAAACACAUUUGGCGGUGGCCAGCAGUAUGGUUUCCAAGGCGCAGGUUUUCAAGCAGGCGGUUUUCGAGGACCACUGUACGCUGCGGCUGCUACUCCUGGUGUCUCUGCUGCUGGUGCCUCUUACCCUCCCCAACCGUACAGCUUCGGUUAUGACACUGCGGAUGAAUUUGGCACCCAGCUUUUCCACAAGGAACAAGGGGACGCAAGCAACGCAAAGACUGGUUCGUACGGUUACCGCGACGCAAACGGCCUCUUCCGCACAGUGAAGUACGUGGCCGAUGCCAACGGAUUCCGUGCCACUGUGGACACCAAUGAGCCCGGCACCGCUCCGGGUGCCAGCGCAGACGCCGUGUUCAACGCUAACCCUGUGGCGGCACCUGCCGGAGCGGGUGGUCGCUAUGCUGGAGCGGGUGGUCCGUGGGCUGGCUAG